AUGAAGCAGUGGAAACUGCCUCGUGAACAAGUACUUGCGAUCGACAAGUUCUUUGCCGAUCGUUUAGCUGCGGGCCAUGUGAGGGAAUCAACUUCCCCACAUAGCUCUCCGACCUUCUGUGUGCGAAAAGCAACAGGAGGGUGGCGGAUAGUGCAUGCAUUUAACAAGUUGAAUGCUGCAACGGUACCGGCUCAGACGCCGAUACCGAGGAAGGCUGGCAUCAUUGAUGGCACGUCAAAGAGUACCAUCUUUUCGUCCAUGGAUUUGACGGAUGGCUUCUAUUAA